AUGGCGACGGCCGGCGUCGCCAGUCGCGUCUCAACGGCUGCUGCUGCGGUGCAGCGGACCACACUGGAGCAGCACCGCUCUGCUCGAGGACGGGGAUGCAUAUCGAGUAAAGGAGGUGCAGCUAGUAGUGGUACUGCCAUGGGACGAGGAGCUAGCAGCAUGAGUCGUGGACAACGCGGAGGAACAUCCAGUGCGGCUUCGGCCGGUAUUAAGCGGCACAGUAGAGGUCCUACUAGUCGAGGAGGGAACCUACGUCGGUUUCUCCAGAGCCGUGGAGGGGGAGGAAGCUUGCGCGAAGACAGCGCCGACCAAACGACUCUAAGUUUGGGGUUAGACGCCGCCCCGCUGGGCUUUAGUGCGGACCACUCGCUUUCGCUCUCGCUCGCGGAUGAAGAAAGCCUUUGUCGCGAGAUGACAAUAGGAAAGAACAAUUUGCUCGAACAGCUUUUGGAGACCCCAAUGAAGGAAACUACGCUAGUCGGAAAAUCCUCAGAACAAAGAGAUCAUAGUAUGGAAAUUGCGCUCGCGGGAAAUGGAGGAGAUGCGGGGGCAGGCGCGGCGGCAUCCCGCAAAACUGGUGACAAUAGGCUCGGCAAAGACAUUUCCGCGACGGCGGGAGGAGCCGGAGAGAAGAGCGACGAUCUGAGCGCAAGCAUUUUGUCCACAACGACAGUUUUGGGUGGUACUACUACAGCAGCGUCUGCUGCAGCGGAAGCCGGACAGCACAGAAGUGAUACAGCCGCGGCACCCCCUGACAGCACUUCAUCCCAGACCAAGACAACUUCGGAUACUCGGAAAAAGCGUCGAGUUCAGACGGGACUCGCGAUCACGCGUGGGACCACCACCUCGACAAGCCUUUUCGGCGGCCCUGCUAAUCAUAAUGCACGCGGCGCUACUAAUCAUAAUAGUACUGGAGAUGCUGGUCACCAUCUGCUCGAAUCCGGUGGCGAUCCGCAAAACUUUAACUUUCGUACCUGUGGACGUGGCGUGCCGCUUGGAGGUUCUGUAGACGCUCUGGAGGUCGCAUCUCGACGCGGUUCGCCACCUGCUGCUGAAAAUUAUCUGUCAGGGGCUCCACAACCACGCGGG